AUGGAACUAGAUUUCCUAUCACCUAAAGCUAAAGAAAUAAAUAAGAAAAAAAUGAAUCUGUUAUUCUCUCUUAAAACACAAAAUAUUGAGUAGAAUGAUCCUAUUAAUGAAAACGUUUCUUUCAUUAAAAAAUUAACUAGUGAUCAUCCAUUAAAUGAAGUUAUUAAAGAAUGUUAGAACAAUGUUAGAGAGGGCUUUUUAACUCCUUUAACCAAUGUAUUACUAAUUAUUAAUUAUUUAAGAGAUCAUCUAUUACUGUUGAAUUUACAGCUAAUAUGUUUGUUGAAGAAAUAUUAGAAAGUAUUAAACUAAAACAUAUUAAAAUACUUCAAUUAGAUGAACUUAUCAAUCAUUUUUAAAAGAACAUUCAAAUUAUUCAAAAAAUACAAGUUAAAUAAUAAUCCUCUAAUCUAUUAGAAGUGUAUGAAAUUCUUCUACUCAAUUCACAUAACCAUAACAAUGAUAAUUAUCAAUUAUAUUUAAAUGAUCGAAAAUUAUACUCAGAUUAAUGGCAUACUUGUCCAUUUGAUGUCAAAAAUAAAUUAAAUUUUGUAUUGUUUUCUCAUAAUAAUAAAAUGCUCUAAGCUAUUUAAGUUGAUAUGAUUUAUGUAUACAUAAUAUUUAUAUCAUUAGUAAAUUGGCAAUAAUUGUGCUAAUAUAAAACAAAAUGAAUACAAUUAGAUCCUUCAAAUUAAAUUUCUUGAAGAAUCUGAUUAACCAAUUUAAUAUCAGUUAUAGUAAUUAAUUAUAUUUAUAUUUUAGAAUUUAAUUAUCUUUCAAUAUGACAAAUAAUUUAAAGAAAUAAAUCAUCAAAAUGCUGAAAGAAGAGACCCAAGAAAUCGAUAAUAAAGUUUUAGAAAUGAUAGAAACCAUUAAUAGAAUAUUGGAACCAUUUUCUAAUUAUGGAUUUAAAUAUUUAAGAUAUGAAGGUAUAAUCGACAAUAAAAGCAUUUCUAAAAAUAGAAAUGAUUGUUGUAGUAUUUUCUGA